AUAACUAGACUAGUAGCCUCGGCUUAAUAAUGCGGAGAAAAAAUCGCUGAUAAGAACCGCAAAAGCCCCACGUUCGCGAUUCCUACCAGCGCCUCUGCAACAUACAAUAUAGAAAGACAUAGAACAGUUCCCCGAAUAUACCAUAGCAUUAUCACAACCAUGGGCGACGCAGCGCUGCCAAGAGAACACCUCCUGAUCGCCUUCUUUGAGCCCCUCCCGCCGGGCAUGGAAGAGGACAUCAAGGCCAAAUUCCCCAAUGUCGAUACCUCAACCGUCAUAUUACCUGGAGGGGCAGACGUCCCAACUGACGCCAUCCAACACGCAACCAUCCUCGUCACCUUCACGAACCUCCCGCGCCCCGAAGACGCCCACAAACCCCGCAACCGCGCCACCACCAGCUCCGGCAUCCACGGCCCCCCAAUCGCCGAAUGGACCCUCAUGAACUGGCUCAUCUCCUCCCGCAAAUUCAUCUCCACCUACGAGAACCAGAAGAAACACCACUGGGGCGGCAUCACCUCCUACAUGCACGGCAUGCACGACCAAGUCGGCAAAACAGUCGGCAUCCUCGGCUACGGCAGCAUCGGGCGACAGAUCGGGCGCGCCGCCUCUGCGCUCGGCAUGCGCGUGCACGCCUUCACCGCGUCGCCGCGCCUCACGCCAGACUCCAGACGCGACAGGGGGUACAUCGUGCCCGGGACGGGCGACGCCGACGGCGCGAUCCCGGCAUCGUGGCACCACGGGACGGAUAGGGAGUCCGUCCGUGCGUUCCUGAACCUGGGCCUCGACCACCUCGUCGUGUCGCUGCCGUUGACGCCGCAGACGACGCAUUUGCUAGGCGAGGAGGAGUUCCGCAUUUUGUCCGAUGCUGUGUCGCCGCAGCGGCCGAGGCCGUUCGUCACGAAUAUUGCCCGCGGGAAGGUCCUCGAUCAGGAUGCGUUGAUCGCGGCGCUGACGACGGGUGUGUUGGGCGGUGCGGCGCUUGAUGUCGCCGAUCCGGAACCCCUGCCGGCUGAUCAUCCGCUGUGGGAGGCGCCCAACUGCCACAUUAGUCCGCAUGUGAGCUCCCUGGGGAAGGAGUACUUCCCGCGGUCGUUUGACGUGCUGAAAGAGAAUCUGGGGCGGAUGGAGAGGGGCGAGGAGCUGGUGAAUGAAUAUAAGAGGGGGAAGGCAUAUUAA